UUGCCAGUGUAGUGCGUUGAUUUCAUACCAAAGUCAUACUUAACAUUCCACUUAUACUGUCAAACCUCUUAGAAAUAUUACGGAAAACAACUAGGCGCCAAAUUAUAACAAAGUUACUAAAUUCACCUGCUGCUUUCAUUGAACAGAAGGAGGUGACUGCAAGAAUUAGAAGUUCAUAUCUGGAUCCAGCACAUCCAGCCUAAUUGUUCCUCAAGAGGAAUUCGACAGUUAUUUUAUACCUGAAGAGAAUGACAAACGAAAACGUGUUGGAGGAAUACACAACAACUUAAUUCUAGUUUGGACGUCUGCUCUCCAAAGACCUACAAAUCCUUUGAUAUUGGGGCUCGGGGUCGGGCCCAGGGAGAGCCGCCAUCAUUGCGUCCAACGAGUGGAGCGCCAACGGUAGCCCAGAAGAUGGGCUGGACGGGGACAACGAGGACAAGACCAUGGACGGGGACGCUGAGGGCGUGUGGAGCCCGGAUAUUGAGCAGAGCUUCCAGGAGGCCCUCGCCAUCUACCCUCCCUGUGGCAGGAGGAAAAUCAUCCUGUCAGACGAGGGAAAGAUGUAUGGUCGUAAUGAACUGAUAGCAAGGUACAUCAAGCUGAGGACAGGCAAAACUCGCACAAGAAAACAGGUGUCUAGUCACAUACAGGUGUUAGCACGGAAGAAAGUUCGUGAAUACCAGGCGGGUAUAAAGGUUUCUAGCCACUUGCAGGUUCUCGCCCGGAGAAAAUCUCGCGAGAUCCAGUCAAAGCUAAAGGCGAUGAAUUUGGACCAGGCGACUAAAGACAAAGCCCUGCAGAACAUGGCAGCACUGUCAUCUGCACAGAUCGUCUCCCCGAGUAUGAUAAAGAAUCAUCUUCCACCGCUGCCUCCUGCCCCCUACCAAGCAGCCCCCAAAUUCUGGCCUGCUCCGAUCUCAGGACAGCCUGGACCCUCUCAGGAGCUGGUUCUAGAUCUCAACCCGGGAAGGACUCCUGGGUUUGGCCACACCAGCCAUGCUAUCAAACCUUUUGUACAACCACCAUACCCAAGCCUACAUAUACAAGGUCCUGUUCCACAAUCCAUACCGAGUUAUGAGCCCUUGGUGCCUCCCCCUGCACCAAAUGCUACUGCAGUGCCAGUGUGGCAGGACCGGACUAUCGCCUCCUCUAAGCUGCGAAUGCUGGAAUAUUCAGCCUUCAUGGAGGUCCAGAGAGACCCAGACAACUACAGCAAACAUCUGUUUGUCCACAUUGGACAGACCAACCCCUCCUACAGCGAUCCGCUCCUCGAGGCUGUGGACAUCCGACAGAUCUACGACAAGUUUCCUGAGAAGAAGGGCGGGCUCAAAGAGCUUUAUGAGAAAGGCCCUCAGAAUGCCUUCUUCCUAGUUAAAUUCUGGGCGGACCUGAACAGUAGUGGCAUGCAGGAUGGGCCUGGUUCUUUCUACGGUGUCAGCAGCCAGUACAGCAGCACUGAGAACAUGACGAUCACAGUUUCAACCAAAGUCUGCUCGUUUGGCAAGCAGGUUGUCGAGAAAGUGGAGACAGAGUAUGCCCGUCUGGAAGGGGGAAAGUGUGUUUACAGGAUCCACCGCUCUCCUAUGUGCGAGUACAUGAUCAACUUUAUCCACAAACUCAAACACUUGCCUGAAAAAUACAUGAUGAACAGUGUUCUUGAAAACUUCACUAUACUACAGGUGGUGACGAACCGCGACACCCAGGAGACCUUGCUCUGUAUAGCAUUUGUUUUUGAGGUUUCUACAAGUGAACAUGGAGCUCAGUAUCAUGUCUACAGACUUGUUAAAGACUAAACAGCUCUUCAGGGAGGUUUUGGAAAAGCCAAACAAAAGCAUGACACGAUCUUUCUUUGACCAGCUCAACUAUCCAGGAAAAACAACAAAAAACAUACAAACAAUGCCAGAUCGAGCUAACAAGGACAUAUUUUAAGCUUUAAAAAAAGCAGCAAGGAAACAAGUGCCAACAUGCAAAGAAAUUUUGAAGAAUUAUGGGUUUUGUCAAACAAGUAUCUAUUUUCCAUGUGUUUAAACAUGCUUUAGAUGAAGUGGGUCACUUUUGCCGAGGUAUUUGAUGGAGCUUGAAAUGUUUUAUUGAGGGAACAAGAACGUAUUUAGGUUUGAAAAGAUUCUUGUGGUCUCCAAAGGAACAGAGUAAUAAAAGAGACAUGUAUAUAAGAUUGAAAAGUAAAGAGAACAGGACAACAGAAGGUGAAAACCAGAGGCAAGUGGUUUGUUAGGAAAGCAAGUGCCUUUUCUCCAAAGAUUAUAUCAUUGCCUGCCACUUUGGAUUGCCUUUUUUUUACUACCUCUUGUUUUUAAAUGAACAGAAUGGUUAUAAAAUAGUCAGACUUGUGUGUUUUGUCACAAAAAUUUGAAAUAAACCUUUCAGCUCUUUUGAGGCAGUUUUUGUAUCUGGUCACUCAAAGGAAAGGAAUGGGAUUACUCAUUUUCAUGUAGUCUGUUGUUUUACAAAAAAUAAAAGUCCCAAGUUUUACAGUUCAAGUGUACAGGGAGGUGGUUUACUAUGUUACUGUAUUAUUAAAGUUCUGCUUUUUAUGUUUUAUUACACAAGUUUAAAAGAAUCAGGUCUUACAAGCAUCUAUCAACAGCAUAACUGACUUUUGACACCAGGGAUGGAUUAUACCAUUAUUACCCUGACAGAAAGCCAGGGCUUUGCCAUCCUCAUGAGGUCCCCUGUUAUUUCUCAUUAUUCAUCUGUUUGAAGACGUGUGCUUGGUUGCACUUAAAUGAUCAAUAAGGGGGUGGGAUGGGGGAGGGGGAGGUGAAGCAACAGCAGUGCUUAUUAUCUGCCUUGACAUACGUAUGUAGCCUAAUUGAAAAAUGAAUUGUUUCUGUACUGUGAGUCAGUGGAUACUAAAGGAAUACAUGUUACAUAGGAGUACUUUUGGCAUGCGCGGGGGGUGGGGGGUGGGGCGACCUCAGCACAGAGACCAUGGUGAAGGUGGAGAGAAGUUAAUCACUGUUUCUUUUGUUUAAAAAAGACAUUACAUGCUGUGAAGUCGGUUCAUUUGCUUCACCCCUCUCAUGUGAAAAGCUGUGUUCAUUGAUCUAAGUUAAAUUUUUGCUAUUUAAGAAAAUCUUUACUGACAUUAGACAUGAAAUAAUUUUGAAAUCCAACUAAAUAAUUGUCUUGAAUGUGAGCUGUUGUCUCUGUGCUGUGGAGUAUGACCAUUGAUUGUUAUUUAUACAGUUGGAAAAGAAAUUAUGGGAGGGCAGGGUGGGGUUCUACAGAUGUAGGGAUCAUUGUCCAUGUUAAAAGUGUUGCAGAACCCAUGCUAGAGUCAGGAUUAACUGUCAUCCCAUGGGUCCUGCUGAUGAGUGUCUACUCUGUGUGGUUCACUGGACAAUUCUGUUAUAAAAGUUUAACUCUGAGAUAUUGUAUGAUGGACUAAUGGCACCUGGCAAUGAAUGUCAUAUUUCAAAAGCUAGAUACGGUAACACUCCUCUUCCAGCAGGUUUCCUAGAUUAUCUUUUAUACAGACAUUUUUAUGCCAUUAUCAAUAUUAAUGUUGUGUUUUGAUUCUGUUUUUUGACUUUCAGUGUUUGCCAUAUGCUUCACUGAAAAUAAUGUGUGAUUGUGCUGAUAACUGAUAAUUAAUGAAAUAUCUAAUGUAUCAUAUUCUGAAUGGUGUGGGCAGUUGUUUUUUUUUUUUUUUUGGUUUAAGGUGGUUUACUAUUGUCUUUGUUACUAUUGUGCAUUGCAAUUUUAUACUUCAAAGUAGAGGGUUGGACUAUGUAAUCAAGCAAAUGUAUCUAACAAUAAAAGACGCAUGGUGCCUUUGGGGCCAUUUC